GUUAAGGUCCCCAGUCUUAUACAAAUUUCCUAUACAUUACGUUUUCGUGUUCUGGGCCCAGUACCAACCGUCGCACCUGUUGCUGUCAGUUUGUAAAGCUAAGAGCCUAACACUUCAUCAAAGGGAAAGAAUAGUAUAUACCUCCACGAGGGCCCAAUAAAGCUUCAGUAUCUCUGCCCACUCCGCUCGCGCGAGAGAGUGCAUCUCUGCGCACCAAGUUUUUCCCUCGGGCUUCCGGUCCUUCACAUAGUCUAGAGACCGUAUCGCUUGAUGGCUACACCAGCUCCAGAGCCGGAUCCGCUGCGGGAGACUGGCCGCUAUGAACGAGUACAAUCUUUGGGGAAAGGGGCCUUCGGCUUUGUGCAGCUUGGACGUAAGCUGCAGACUGGCGAGCUUGCAGCUAUCAAAUUCCUAAAGCGCGGAGAUGUGAACAAAUACGUUGAGUCCGAGAUACUAAACCACAGCGUGCUGCGGCACCCGCACGUUAUCCAGUUUAAGGAGGUCUUCCUCACGUCCGAGUACAUAUGCAUUGCCAUGGAGUACGCGACGGGCGGCAGCUUGUUCCACUACGUCCAGCAAAACAACCGGCUCAAGGAGGCCGUGGCCCGCUGGUUCUUCCAGCAGCUCAUAAUUGGUGUGGACUAUUGCCAUAAGCGCGGCGUCGCCAACCGCGACAUUAAGCUUGAAAACACGCUUCUACAAAAGGUCGACGGCCUGCCGCUUCCAUUGUUAAAGAUUUGCGAUUUCGGAUACAGCAAAGCGGACGUGCGAUCAGCAGCUAAGAGCAAGGUGGGCACUCUGACGUAUAUGGCCCCGGAGGUGUUGGUCAAUCGCGAUGGCAAGUACGAUGGCAAGGUGGCGGACAUCUGGUCCUGCGGCGUCAUGCUGUACGUCAUGUUCUACGGCCGCUACCCCUUCGAGACACCCGCUGGCACCGCCAUGCCCAAGGCCACCGAGAUCCUGGCCAUGCUGGACAACAUGGUCCGGCAGCGGUACGACCUGCCCAAGCACGUGGAGAUCUCGGAUCCCGGCAAGGACCUGCUGCGGCGCAUGCUGCUGCCCGACCCCAAGAAGCGCAUCACGCUGGAGGAGGUCAUGCGGCACCCCUGGUUCACAACCAACCUGCCGCCGGAGGCCCCCACCAUGAACGAGUCCUACCUGCGCGCCGGCUUCCCUGCCGGCCACCAGACCACGGACGCCAUCAGGCGCAUCCUGGAGGAGGCCAAGGGGCGCACUCCGGGCGGCGGCCCCGGUCGCGGCACCUCGGACGAUGCAUACGACAGCAUGGUGGACCGGGCCAUCAACGAGGACAUGCGCGGCAACCGCAGCCUGGAGCUGCAGCAGUUUGUUGACAAGUACCGCUGAGGUGGAGGCUAGGAGGGAUGGGGGGGAGGAGGGCGGCGUGUGGGUCGGUUCGGGUGCGUUCCUGCACGAGGCUGGGAGUGAUGGCGGGCUGCAACGGCUAUCGCAGGUUAAGGAUGGAGUUCAGAUGUAAGACACUAGGCGUACAUGACGGGUUGGCUUUGAGGGUAGCCUUUUGCCGUAAGGCAGGGGCGUGGCAGCGAGUAUGCAGGUAUGUCAUCGAGGUAGAUGACUGCAGGAUAUUGGGCGCCACUUAGAAGCGUCUUACGGCAACAGUACGACAAUAGCAGGAAGCGGCUGACGGGUUUCUGGACACUGUACAUAGCUUGUUUGUCGUUUUGCAUGAUGCAUGGGGUACCGAACCAUGCAUGUCUGGUGCGCUCCUAACAGUGAGACGUUGGCCAGACCCUGAUACAUCCCAAGGGUUUUGGGUGCUUGGGUCUAGGCUGGUAUGGGGUCUUGAACUGGUCUAUCGGCUUGACGCGUGCAAGCGCUUCGUUCUCAUCUCGUGAAUAUCAUCAUAGGCGUCUUCUUGUGUCAGUUACAAUAAUAACUGGGGCCUAUAAGCCCGAUGUGAGCGUGCCAGAGUCGUGCCUAUUGCAUUGUCUUGAUGCGUUUAGGCCGUGCAUUUCGUUCAGAGAGGAUACCGUAGUGACGCUAGGACGGUGGGAGGGAGCUAAGCAGCUGGCACUAUCCGCCGUUUUGGCAGCGUAUCGUACAACGGAGAGCGUCAAGCCAGGCCAAACGUAGCGGGAAGGUUGAGCAAGUUGUGCUGAUGCGCAUGCCAAUUACACAACAGGGACGCAUGUGUUUGCGACAUCAUGAGCAGCCUGACGUACAGAAGUCCCGAGGUAGGGACGCUGUAGAGCUGGAUGUGACAGACUUGUCGACGUGUAAUGCUGCCUCACGAGCUAGCGGGGGAAGGGUGCCCUUCUGUUGAAGUCAUGAGC